CCGGCGUGCAGCGUGCUCACUKUUCACAAUCAACACAAUCUUACAUCCAAGAUCUGAUAUUUUAUAGUUAUUGACUUGAUGGCGUUGUAAAUGGUACUCUCAAAGUCUCGUGCUCAACAACCAAUGUGACCUCCCGAACUUGCCUAUCGCACUAGCCACUUGUCUUAGCCAUUCAGAGUCUUAGGUCUUAAUGUCUUAUAUAAGCUGGUUUUAACAUGCUUUAGAGUUUUACCAUCCGUUGCUGAUCGAUACCACCUGGCACACAUUCCGGUAUGCAGUUACACCGGCUAUAACACCAAAUUAUUCAACUCGCAAGAUUACGUGGUAGUCGUUACACACCGUACGUCGAUAUUUAGGCUUAUUGGACUGGUCACGGACAAAUAACAAAGCGAGAAAUUUAAUUCUACCAUUCUUUACAAGCUGGACGAAGUAAUGGAAGAUUGUAUACUAUGAACUGAAAUCUGUUCCAUCAAUUUUUGAUUUUCAUUUGUUUUGAUGUUCACUUUAAGAGUAAAAACUGAACUGUUACAUAUUGGAUUGUUUAAAUGAUCUAUAAACCUCAAAUAAUCAUGGAAGAGGAUUUAAAUGAAGUCAAAAUCAAUGUAAGGAGUCUGUUAACCAGUUCGCAAAAACCACUAAGUAUUUCACAGCUUCAAAGAGAUUACUGUGAACAAGAAGGAUGCAACUUACCUUAUAGAAGUUUGGGUUUUAGUUCAGUAAUCGAACUGCUUCAAAAUAUGAAUGAUGUUGUUACUGUCCCUACAAAUCCAAAUGAAUCAUCAACCUUAUCUCUUGUGGUUGGCGAUAAAACCAACCAUUUAAGAAUGCUUGUUGUUAAGCAAAAAACGUGUACUAAAAAAAAGAAGCCCAAAUCAAACAAGAACAGUCAAAUGAUGCAUAAAAGUUAUAAUAGAAACAACAGUUUUGCUGGAUGUAAUUCUUACAAUAAUACAAUGUCAUCUAAAACCAACAAUUAUUCAAACAGCAAAUCUCAAAAUACUAGACUUGGCUAUUAUAGAUCCAAUAAUUCAUCUACAAGUUCUAAUCAAUUCAGACAGUCAUGUUCAUCAUUUAGUAAAAGUUAUUCUGAUUUGAAAAAUGUUAUCAACCAAAAUGCAAUUUCCAGUACUGGUUAUGUGACAGAUAAAUUGCGUUCUGAUAUACAAAAAUACAUACUUGAAAAUCAAAUGCCAAUAACUGUAGAUAAAUUUAAGGAAAUUGUAAAACACCAUCCUGAUUAUUCGGUUAUGAAUGUAAAGAGUAUGCAAGAAUUAAAAAAUCUAGUAAAAGGUUUUUUAAAUAUAAAUGAUACCAGCGUUUCUUUGAAAAACACACAUCACUUUGAAACUAAUGUUCCCGUUCAAGACACAGACGCACAAACUAAGCCUUUAAAAUCAUCUGAUAACUAUAAGCAAUCUUAUAAAAAUUCACAACCGAGUCUAUUAGCUAUAAAUCAAAUUAACGGUGAUAUUAAAAAUGUGAUUAAUUCAAGACCAUAUGAAUGGAAUGAUCAAAAUACAAUAUCUGAAUUGUAUACACGGUUAACAACUAAUGAAUUUAAAGAAGAUACAUCUCACACUAAAUACCAAAACGAUAGUAAUUAUGGAAUAAAUAGUAAGAUAAAUAGAUCAAUUGAAAGUUCGACUGAGUACAUAAAAAUGUGUAAAAAUCAAAAUAUGAUGAGAACAUUUCAAACCGGUCAUAUUAAUACAGAAAAUAACUCUGAUGAUGAUCUAAUUAAUUUUAAAAAAAAUAUUGAAUUUGUAAAAAAACAACCAGAAAAUAUAAAAGAUAAAAUGUUUGAUAUAGGACAUUUAAAUGGAAAUAAAUCUCAGUCAUGUUCUGUUACUACUAAUGGUGAUUCAAACUCAUUUUUUCAUUCUACUCCAAAGAAAAAUAAUAAUGAUAAAAUAAAGUUGAAUAGAAACCAGUGUAUUCCUGAAUUAUUGAGGUUACAAAUUGCAAAAAUAUUCAAUGUGUACUGUAAUGGUAUGAAUAUUGAGAACUUUAAGUUAAUUUAUACUGAAUUAUACCAUACUAUUUUUAAUCCAACUGAUUUUGGUUUUAUAUCAAUUCUACAAAUGUUAAAGGCAUUAGAUCAAAUUAUUGAAAUAAGAAAUAAUGUACUAUACACAAAAAAUGAGUUUAAAUUGUAUGAAAAUGUGGAUUUAAACAAUGAAAAUAAAGGGUUGUUAAAUAGUAUUUAUUUAAAUACUAAAAAAAUCUCUACAAGCAUAGAACAACCAAUAUUGUCUUUUAAUCAAGACAAAAAAAAAAUGUUAUUGGUUGAAGUGUAUAAUCCAAGUUUAUUUUAUCUACAAUUGCAGUAUAAAAAAGUGGAACUUGAUCGUUUAAUGACUCAAAUGCAAUAUUUUUAUAAAACUAAAAAUAAUGAUUAUUUAGUUAAACUAGAACAAAUUUUACCAGGUUUAUUCUAUGUAACAUCCUAUACCUCAUUUUCAAAUUUAAAACAGUGGUAUAGAGUUAGAGUUUUAAAGGAAGUCAAUUCAACUAAUGUUGAAGUAAUUCAUUCAGACUUUGGAACUAUUGAUAUUAUACCCAAAACUGAAUUAAGAUUUUUGGAUUAUAAAUUUUGUAGCUUACCAUGUCAAGCAAUCCAUUGUUGUUUGUCUGGUUAUAAUGAACUUGAUUCAAUUUCACUGGAUGUUACAAAAGCAUUUUUAAAAAUCAUUAACAUUAAUAAGCCGKUUUUGGUUAUGGUUGAUGAUCAUUUUAUAUUGAGUAAUCAGUGCCAAAUUUUACAUGUCACUUUGUUCCAACAUAAAUCUAAUGAUUCAAUAAAAUUAGAAAAUAUCAACAACGAGUUAACUAUUUGGCACUUGAAUCGUUGAGAAAUAGACUAUAUAAUCACUUUUAUCAAACAAGACUUAACGGUGCUGCUGCGAGUUUUUCAAUUUCGUCUAUAGAUGAUUUUAUUAUUCAACUUAUAAUUAUAUAAGUUAUAAAUAUUCAAUUUUUUUUUAGUUUAAGUUUUUUUAACUCUUGUACUAGUAUUAUUAUUUUUUUUUWAAUUGAAGUAACGGGUGGCCUUUCAGUUGACCAAUAUUUGUUGCAGUCACUUUUUAAAUGCAAACCAUUACCACUCGUACACAGUACAUAUUGAAAAUAAUGUACAACUAAUAUGGAACUCAUUUUGUACUAGUUAAUAACAUGAAAACAAUUUGUAGUGGGUAUCGCCCCAACCAUGUAUACUCGAUAAUGUACGCGUGUUUAUAAUAUUGCACUGCUCCCCUACCCUAAAAAACGAGCCAUUUUUUUAUAAAAUUGUUACUAUUAUUAUUUCGUYGUCGAUGCUGUAUGACAUAUAUUUUAAGUGUGUGUACAAUUUACCCGUGACGUUUCUACGUCUAUUGUUCGAGAUUUAUGUGAUUUAUGUAUUUAUUGUAUCCAUGUUUUCUUUGGCAAGUAUACCUACUUAUUGUGUAUUCCUACCAUGUAACUAUUUCAUACGUCACAUCAGUUAAUUAUUCGCACUUGUCGUAGAACCAUAUUAAUAUGUACCUGCUAUUAUACGUGCGAUAUUAUAAAUUAUCGUAUUUAUAAUUGUUUGAUUUGCAAUUGGAAUAAAUCGUACGCUCCUCAUUUAAUAAUACAUAAUAUCUAUGUUUUUCGUGUACCGCAACGACGUCAUAAUAUUAAUAACAUUAUUAUUAUAAUUUUAUAGUAUCGUGGCGGUAUUGAUAUUGUUUCCAUAAUAAAUAGACUCUAUAUUAACCUUAUUAUUAUAUUAUUAAUUGUUUACUUAAUUUGACAUUGUACUAUGACGUUAUAUUAACUUAUAUUUUAAAAUCGCGUAUAUUUCUAAAGAUAU